AUGGAAACCCUAGAAAAGCUGGCAAUGAAGAUGAAGGAAAAAGUUGUGGAACAAGGGAAGGUAGAAGACGAACCUACUUCUCGUGUCGGAUUAGAUCUUGAGCUUUAUAAUUCGGGUUCGUCUCGUGCAACUGAGCCAUCAAAUGAAGAGGGUCGACGAUUAGAGCCUAAAGUAUUCACAUGCAGCUUUUGUAAGAGAGAGUUUUCGACUUCUCAAGCACUUGGCGGGCAUCAAAAUGCCCAUAAACAAGAGCGUGCAUCGGCCAAAAAACGACAUGGCCAAGUAAUGGAAGUGGCUGCACCACCGCCUUCUCUUUUGGGCGGAGGCCAACCACCGUAUCCUUACCAUCCUUACUCCAACUUUCAUAAUCAUCACCAAAUUAUCCCUUUCUAUGGCACUUUCGAUAGAUCGGUUGUUCCGGUUCGGUCCGAUUCCAUGAUUCAUAAAAAAUCUUAUAAUACAUGGUUUUCUUCUAGCCAUGAAAAGUUGUCUAGGCCAUUUUUUAUGAAUGAAAGGCUGCUGAUGCAAAAUAAAUUACAGGCGCGUCAAAUGAAUGCUGGAUUUGGCCAUGAAAAGUCUGAAAACGGAACUGCAGCUCUUGUUUUAAGACUUAAUUCUCUGGAUAAUACAGCACCAAAUAAGGCAAUGGAAGGCAAUAUUAAUAAUCAAGAACUUCAACUGGGGCAUUCAAAUUGUGAUCAAACUGAUGCAUCGGGUCUUGAUUUGAAUCUAAAGCUUUAA